UGAUGAGAUGUAGUAUGCUGUAGUUGCUGUGGGUCUUUGGUUGUUCCUCAUUUUGGAGUUGAGGUCAGUGUACAGUGGAGAUAUGCCCCCACACUCACUCAUGCGCUCAGGCGCAUGCAUGCACACACACAAACACAUACGCACACUCAGAGAGUCGCACACACUCGGGUUCCUGUACAAGACGCAGACUUCGGAAGACCACAAGAGAAGAUUAAAGAGAGAGAAAGUAAAAUCAACUGUAGGAAGGACAGCAGGAACUUGCAGUUGCAGGGGGCAGAGGACACGACCGGCUCAAGUACCGUCGGCGAGCGACAGCCAGCCUACCAAUAAGCCAGCCAGUCAUCCAUCUGUCCAUCCCUCCCGCCAUGGACUCCUUUUCGAGCGGAGCAGAGGACCUGCCUCCCGCCCUGCCAGCCAAACAACGCAGGAGUCUGUACUCUCGAAGCUCCAGCACCAGCUCUGUUGACCGGAAGUCCAGAGCAAGCUCCAUGGUCCUCCCCUCUCCGUUGCCUUCUCCUGACUUGACCCCCGGCUCAUUCUCUGUCCCCACCUCGCCUUGCUGUGACUGCUUCGCACCGCAGUGCCCCAUACACCACCGCUAUGAACAUUCUGAUUGCCACCAGGAGAGAUAUUUCUCAGAGAAUACCCCUCCCCCUGUUCCCAAAAAGAGACUGGCCCGCACCAUGUCCCUGCCAGAAGAGUUCCCUGGCUCUUCUUACACCCGUCCCACCCUUCUGCCUCAGUUCAACCCUCUAUCCAGGUUGUCCCCUCUCGAGGACGCAGUGUUUGACCCAGGCUGCAGUGCCGAAGAGGAGGCUCCUGAGGAACAGCUGGACGUUGCGUCUCCACCCCAACUCCCUCAGCUAGGUUUUGACACUCCAGAUGAGCAGCUACCCUGCUUCUUCUCGAACCUUGGCGACCAGGCGCAGGUGUCUGAGAAGCUCCAACAGCGCCUCCUGCUUUUCCUGCGGAGUACUGUGGAAAAAAUAGAGAAGGGGGUCGGGAUAGCGGAUGCCAGCCUGGGGCAGAUCCAGCCCCAGGACCUCUUGCUGUGCCAGGAUGACCUGUUCUUGCAUGCCCAGGACGGCGUAUGGCACUACAGAGUGAGAUGCCCCAAUCUGCAUGAACAGGAGUUUGAUAUCAAGGUGAGCACAGCAUCACCUUUACCUCAGCAUCCCCACGCCAAUGUUCAACAGGUGGUAAGUCAUUUCCCAGGUGGUCCAGUUACAGACCUACUCCUGGCACCAGAGAGGGAAAGAGGAACUUUGUCCCCAAAUUGGCCACAAGGUGGCAGCAGUCAGGCAGAAAUGCAGAGAGAGCCUUCAGUCCUGUCUCUGCUCAAACAGGAUUACCAUGUCACGGUCAGCAGAGACGUGCCUCAGGGAGACCUGGAGGGGUUUGUGCUGGAGGGGAGAGCUCUCCACAGCAGUCACCCUGAGGUGUACCACAGGCGGCUAGUCCUCCUGCUGCUUCAGGUGAGCCAGGCUCUCCUGCACCUUAUGACACACGGUAUUCAGGUGGCUGACCUGGACCCACCUAGCAUCCGUCUGUCCUGGGCAGAAAAUGAUGGUGGCAUUGAGAAGCUGAAGAGGAGGGAGACUGGGGAGUCACAGGAGAGUAAUGAAGGAGUGAACAAAAGAAGGAACAACUGUGAGAGGAAGGACACAGUGGAAAAGCAGGAAGAUAAGCAUUUGGGGAACCUUGAGAACCUCUGGAUGAAGUGGGGGACCCCUCGAGUAGUGUUGACCUUAUGCCCUUCUACAACCAAUUCAUCUCAGCCAGUCACCUCACACCAGAUUAAGCUGGGCCGGCUGCUUCAACACUGUCUGCACCUCCCAGAUGCCCACAGGAGCUGCACCCUACCAGACUCUCCCUACUCUGAGGGCCUCAUGUGCCUCCUCUCCCAGCUCCUGAUUCCGGAGAACCAGCUGCAAAUGACCGACACAGCCCCCUUCCUCCAGGCUCUUCUCUGGGGCCCACGGGCCUCUCUCUUCCAGCACAGCCUCCACAACCCCACCACUGUCCACAACUGGCUGCUGGUCAAACGCUCCCUCCUGCUUCUCAAGCUGGCCGAGAGAGGUCUGUUCUCAGAUCAGUCUUCUGUGGACUGGGAGGCUUUCCUCUGCCUUCAAUACUUCAGCCUCACUGAUCCCCAUACUGUGCUUAAUGCCACUGCGAAGCUGGGCCUCCACCACACAGAGAUAUGAGACUGGCUGGCUGGGUUUGAUGCUACUGGGGCUGCUGUUGUGAUAAAUGCCAUUGCUAGGGCUCUUCCACUGAUCUCCUCUCUGAAUGUAACAAAGUUACAGAUAAGCUUUUCGUGGAAGGAGCUUGCAGGAUAUGAAAUGUCAUAAGAAUGCUACAAAACCGAGUAAAUAAGUAAACUAAGGCCA